CGGCCAGCUGUGUGUCCAUGGGUGACCAUUCACUGGGCGGCCUGAUUGAUUUUAAAGAUCAACAACAUGCAUUUGAAAAUGUAGUCCACCAGGGGGGCUCGGAGGCUACCAGAAGUGAGCCUGCCCAGAAGCAUCAAACAGAUCUGGAGGGCAUAUUUAUGCUGCUUGAAGAGACCAUGAUCACGUUUGUGAAGGAGGAGCUGAAAAUCUUUCAAAGAGUUCUCUGUCCAGAUACUUCAGAAGGUGAGAAGAAAAAGGAAGACAUGGUGGACAGUGAGGAGGAAGAGCAGGGGAAGAGCAGCAGAGAGGCCCUUCUGAAGAUCACACUGCACUUCCUGAGGAGAAUGAAGCAGGAUGAGCUGGCCGACUCUCUGCAGAGCAAAGCCGUUGGUCCUAUAUGCCAGCAAAUAAUCAAAAGUAACCUGAAAGGGAAGUUCCAGCGUUUUUUUGAGGGAAUUGCUAAAGCAGGAAACCCAACACUGCUGAAUGACAUGUACACAGAGCUCUUCAUCGCAGAGGGAGGGAGUGGAGAGGUCAACGACGAACAUGAGAUCACACAGAUCGAAACGACAUCCAGGAAACCAUCAAGACCAGAAACUAUGAUCAAAUGUGAAGCCAUCUUCCAACCAUUGCCUGGCAGAGAGCAUCAACCAAUCAGAACGGUGCUGACAAAGGGAGUGGCUGGCAUAGGGAAAACAGUCCUCACACAUAAGUUCACUCUGGACUGGUCCGAAGACAAAGCCAACCACAACAUCCAGUUCACAUUUCCAUUCACCUUCAGAGAGCUCAAUGUGCUGAAAGAGAAAAAGUUCAGCUUGGUGGAACUUGUUCAUCACUUCUUUACUGAGACCAAAGAAGCAGGAAUCUGCAACUUUGACAAGUUCCAGGUUGUGUUCAUCUUUGACGGUCUGGACGAGUGCCGACUUCCUCUGGACUUCCACAACAACGAGAUCCUGACUGAUGCUACCGAGUCCGCCUCAGUGGAUGUGCUGCUGACUAACCUCAUCACGGGGAAACUGCUUCCAACUGCUCGCCUCUGGAUAACCACACGACCUGCAGCAGCCAAUCAGAUCCCUCCUGAGUGUGUUGACAUGGUGACGGAGGUCCGAGGGUUCACCGACCCACAGAAAGAAGAGUACUUCAGGAAGAGAUUGCGUGAGGAGGAGCAGGCCAGCAGAAUCAUCUCCCACAUCAAGACAUCACGAAGCCUUCACAUCAUGUGCCACAUCCCAGUCUUCUGCUGGAUCACCGCUUCAGUUCUGGAAGAUGUAACGGGAACAGAAACAAGAGACGAGCUGCCAAAGACCCUGACUGAGAUGUACAUCCGCUUCCUGGUGGUUCAGUCCAAAGUAGGGAAUGUCAAGUAUCGUGGAGGAGCUGAGACCGAUCCACUCUGGAACACCGAGACAAGCAAGAUCAUCAUGUCUCUAGGGAAACUGGCUUUUGAGCAGCUGCAGAAAGGCAACCUGAUCUUCUACGAAUCCGACCUGAGAGAGUGUGGCAUCGAUAUCACAGCAGCCUCGGUCUACUCAGGGGUGUUCACACAGAUCUUUAAAGAGGAGUGUGGGCUGUACCAGGAAAAGGUCUUCUGCUUCGUCCAUCUGAGCUUUCAGGAGUUUCUGGCUGCUCUGUAUGUCUACGUGCAGUUCAUCAACACCAGUGUCAACCUACUGUCAGAGCCACAGUCCAGAUCUAGUUGGUGGUCUAAGCUAUUUACAUUCACAUCAACUGAAAAAACUAUCUUCCAGAGUGCUGUGGACAAGGCCCUACAGAGUCCAAAUGGACACUUGGAUUUGUUCCUCCGCUUCCUCCUGGGUCUUUCACUGGAGACCAAUUACACUCUUCUACGAGGUCUGUUGAAACAGCCAGGAUGUGGCGCGUAUACCAAUCAGGCGACGCAGUACAUCAAGGAAAAGAUCCGGGAGAAUCCAUCUCCAGAGAGGUGCAUCAACCUGUUCCACUGUCUGAACGAGCUCAAUGAUCAUUCUCUAGUGGAGGAGAUCCAACAGUCCCUGAGUUCAGGAAGUCUCUCCACAGACAAACUGUCUCUGGCUCAGUGGUCAGCUCUGGCUUUCUUCUUAUUGUCAUCAGAAAAAGACCUGGAUGUGUUUGACCUAAGGAAGUACUCUGCUUCAGAGGAGGCUCUUCUGAGGCUGCUGCCAGUGGUCAAAGCCUCCAACAAAGUUCUACUGAAUGGCUGUAACUUGUCAGAGAGAAGCUGUGAAGCUCUGGCAUCAGUUCUGAGCACCAAAAACUCCAGUCUGAGAGAGCUGGACCUGAGUAACAACGAUCUGAAGGAUUCAGGUGUCAAGCUGCUUUCUGCUGGACUUGCGAGUCCACACUGUAGACUGGAAACUCUGAGACUGUCAGGCUGUCGGGUAUCAGAGGAAGGCUGUGCUGCCCAGGCCUCAGCUCUGCGCUGUAACCCCUCCCAUCUGAGAGAGCUGGACCUGAGCUACAACCAUCCAGGAGACGCAGGCGUAAAGCUGCUCUCCGCCGCUCUAGAGGAUCCACGCUCGCAACUGAUUGUUCUCAGUGUGGAACAUGGUGGAGUGAAGAGGUUAAAGUCAGGUCUGAGGAAGUAUGCCUGUGAACUCCGGCUGGACCCGAACACAGCAAACAGGAAGCUGAUGUUGUCGGAGGACAACAGAAAGGUGACGGAGGUGAAAGAGGAGCAGCCUUACCCCGAUCAUCCAGAGCGAUUUCACCACUGGAAGCAGGUUCUGUGUAGAGACGGUUUGACUGGGCGCUCUUACUGGGAGGCGGACUGGAAAGGAUGGGUUAACAUUGGAGUGGCAUACAAAGGAAUCAAAAGGAAAGGGCAGGAUGACGACUGCUGGAUUGGACAGAAUGGCAAGUCCUGGAGUCUGUUACGCUGCGAUAAUAAUUACUCCGCCUGUCACAAAAAUAGGAGAACAGUCAUACCCGUUCACCCCUCGUUUGACACUGGCAGAGUAGCAGUGUAUGUGGACUGGCCUGCUGGUGUUCUGUCCUUCUACAGAGUCUCCGCUGACACACUGAUCCACCUCCACACCUUCAACACCACUUUCACUGAACCGCUCUACCCCGCAAUUGGGAUGGAGUUAAAGCCUGGAUCAUCGGUUUAUCUGUGUCAGUUAUAGCACGAGGUCGAGUCACCUCUUGUCUGGAGAAACACAGUUUAACAGAGACAAUUGCUGAACGUACUGUAAAGUGUAACGAAUGACAUACAUUGCAAUCCGUUUCUUUUGUAUCUCGCAAACUAUUUUUUUUUAAUUCAUUACACGCCACCUUUUGUCACUUUUCGUUUGUACUCACAAUUUUACCCCCAAGCAUGCCUUCAUGGACAGAAAGUUAAGAGUGGAUGUGUGGACGACACGUGGCAACAACUUUUCUUUCUUUUUGAGCAUACCACCACUCCACCCAUUCUUACUGCGGCCAAUCACCCAAUCUACACUCAUUCACUUAAUGUGUCUUGGGCGAAUUGGACUGUUUAGUUAUUCUUCUUCUUCUGGUGUUUGUGGGAGUUACCACAGCUUCAGGUGCAUUACCACUUCCUUCUGGACUGGAGGGCCCACUCUGAUUUGCAUGUAGCCCAGGAAAACCAAGACAGAUUCUAUGUGGCUAAGUGUCUUAAAUGUCAUCUGGAUUGUAUGUGGCUAUGCAAAAUCUUGAAAUGAUAAGUGUAUAUAGGGCCUUACUGCUAAUUUGUCAAAAUUGACUACGGCCACUACAUUUGAUGCCUUUGUGGAACAUAGUGAGUGAAGUACAUCUGUGGAAAAUAAGACUAGGACACCAGAAAUGCCACACAAAGCAAAAUACACGUUGGUCAAUACAGCUAGUCUACCACUUCAGUCUCCUUUUAUCCAUUAAAUGGCUCUGUGACAUUUCAAAUACAUGUACUGUACCUAAUCCAUCCAGACUAACACCUUUUGAUAAUCAUUGUCAAUACAUGUACAGAUGUUUAGAUUUUAAACACUAAGAGCUACCGGGGCAAAUAAAUAACCCAGGGCCGACUUUGUCAAGCCAAAGCAAAUUAAUUUUAUUUUACACAUCUUGUAGAACGUGGUCACCAGAAUUUCAUGUGCAAUACACAAGUGAAAGAAAUCAAAGUGAACACAUGUGAGACAUGACAGACUAACAUUUUUUCAUCAGGUUUAUUAAUAUUCCAGUUAAAUACAUUGGCUAUGACACCUGUAAGUGUGCUAUAUAUCAUUCACUUUGUUAUAAUCUACAACACAUAUUUUGUUAUUGUGUCAAAACUCUGACUUUUUUUUAAUAAGCGAAAUGACUUGCACAAUAAUAGUAACUAGAUUCUGUACAACAUUUACAAUGUAUGAAAUCACAAAUACUGUGUCUUAAAGUAAAAAUGUCAAUAUAAAAAAAAAAUAAAAGCUCACUCACUAUGGCAACAAUGGACAA